CGCCGGCGCGGGCAUCAAUCGCCGCAUCGGUGAUUCGGUGCACCGCCCUGCUCGCUCAGCGGAUUCAGUGCGGCAGACGUACGCGGACGCGACGCGACGCCUAAAAAUAUUCCACUUGUCUCCACUCCUCGUCAACCGCGCUGCUCACUCCUCCCUCAGUCCCUCUCCCUGUCCUUCCCCGGGUCGAGUAAAGUAACCUUCGCCUCCUCGCCACUGGAGCGGACGGCCCCGCUUCCGCACAGAAGGAAAUCAAAGCUCUGCGGGAUCAGAUCACCGGCCUCUAUCUGAUCAAUCGACAGAGUCGACGCUUCGGUCCCGGCCGCCCCGUUGCGGGCACGAGCGAUGGCGGCGUCGUCGUGGGCUGCUCCGCCGCCGGGGUACCCGCAAGGGCACGGCAGUAACCAGCAUCUGGCCGCGCCGCAGCCGCAGGCCACGGCCGUGGCCGUGACUGCGGCGAGCAACGGCGUGGGCAACCCCUACGUGGUCGUCACCCCCGCGUCCGCGACCGCGCCGUCCACCUGCCAGACCGUCAUGAAGGCGCUGGGCCGGUACGGCAAGCUACUGGAGGACGGCACCCGCAAGGCCGCCGACGCCACCGGCAACAUCUGGCACCACCUCCGGACGGCGCCGAACAUGGCGGACGCGGCGGUGGCACGGCUGGCGCAGGGGACGAAGGUGUACGCGGAGGGCGGGCACGACAGGGUGUUCCACCAGACGUUCGGCGCCAUGCCGGGGGAGCAGCUACGCAAGGCCUACGCCUGCUACCUCUCCACCUCGGCUGGCCCCGUCAUCGGCACGCUCUACCUCUCCACGGCGCGCCUCGCCUUCUGCAGCGACAGCCCGCUUUGCUACCAGGGCCCCGCCGGCCAGCCGCUCGAGUGCAUGUACUACAAGGUGCUGCUUCCCCUGAACCAGGUGAGGUCAGUGAACCCUUCUGCCAGCAUACGCAACCGGGCGGAGAGGUACAUCCAGAUCACGACCACGGAUAACCACGAGUUCUGGUUCAUGGGGUUCGUGAAUUACGACAAGGCUCUGAAGAAUCUCUACGAAGCCCUGCAGCACCGCGAUGUCCACGACCACCACCGCAGCUGAUUAAGCUUCGGUUUGAUCCUACUAGGCUACUACUGUACAGUCUGUACUCUACUUCUUUCGUGAUGAACUGUGACCCUCUCUAUCUCGAGUUGUUCUUGAAUAAGGAAGACACUGAAAAAUCCUGAUCUUUCGUGUUACUAACCUUAACAGUGUAGAUUGCUGAAUAUAAAUGAAAGCUUUAGUUAGUCGUCACAAAAACAGUAACAUGUAGCUAGUUUUCUCAUGUCAUUAGACUCUGCUCUUACAUUACAGAGUUUCAACCCUGAACCUCGCAUACAAACUGCAACUUUACUACUGAAUAUUACACCGCAAAAGCUGCUGUUUCCGCAUCGAUCAUAUACAACAAGAAGUAGCAAUACAGACUUAUAUAUAUGCUCAGCUGAAGCUAUGUGGCUUGUUUCUCGCGAUUUACAACAACAUUACAAA